UUUUUAAUAGGCUUUUUCCCACAUAUGUCUUUAAUUUCUUGUCUCUCUAUUGGUCUGCAGAUUGCUGAGCUUACUAAGCAUGUUUUUUAAUCAGCCUUGAAUUCUUGGAAUUUCUGAGGGUACUGGAAGAUAAUAAAUUGUAAUGCAUAUUUGUUGAAUUAACGAACAGAUUCUAUUAAGGCUGCAGGCAGUCACUAAUAAUAAUUACAUUUGUAACUAAUUUUGUCCUGAACUCUGAAAUAAGGACAUGCAAAAGGACAUAUGGAACAUAGGAUCAAUGUGACUGAGUUUGUCCUCUUGGGGCUCACUCAGAGCCUCCAAGGUCAGAAAAUAUUAUUUGUUGUGUUCUUGCUCAUCUACAUUGUGACAAUGGUGGGCAACCUCCUCAUUGUGGUGACCGUGGUGGUCAGUCCAACCCUGGAUUCCCCUAUGUAUUUCUUUCUUGGUUACUUAUCUUUUAUGGAUGCUGUGUAUUCUACUACAGUCACUCCAAAUAUGAUUAUAGACUUACUCUGUGAGAAGAAAACCAUUUCCUUCCAAGCUUGCAUGUCCCAGCUCUUUCUAGGGCACUUGUUUGGUGGUUCAGAGAUUUUACUCCUGGUGGCCAUGGCCUAUGACCGCUAUGUGGCCAUCUGCAAACCCUUGCAUUAUUUGACCAUCAUGAAUCAACGGGUGUGUGUUUUGUUGCUGCUGUUGGCCUGGGUUGGAGGUUUUUUGCAUGCUGUUGUUCAACUUCUCUUUGUUUACAACCUUCCCUUCUGUGGUCCCAAUGUCAUUGACCACUUCAUCUGUGACAUGUACCCAUUAUUAAAACUUGCCUGCACUGACACUUACGUUAUUGGCCUCACUGUGGUUGCCAAUGAUGGGGCAAUCUGUGUGGUCAUCUUUACAGUGUUGCUCAUCUCCUAUGGGGUCAUUCUGCACUCUCUGAAGAACCUUAGUCAGGAAGGGAGGCGCAAAGCCUUAUCCACCUGUGGCUCCCACAUUACAGUGGUGGUCCUCUUCUUUGUACCCUGCAUCUUCAUGUAUGUGAGACCUCCUUCUACCUUACCCAUUGAUAAAUCCUUGACUGUAUUUUACACAGUUAUCCCACCUAUGUUGAACCCCCUAAUCUAUACUCUGAGAAAUGGAGAGAUGAAAAAUGCCAUGGAAAAGCUCUGGACCAGAGGAAGAAAAUGAGGCAGAAGAGAAAUAUAUCACCUCUUUUCAGUGAAGAGUUGCUCCACCCAGUAAAGAAUUAUUUAUUGAUAGUAAGUUUCUCCUGAGGUUUAAAGUUGUGCAUGAUGAAAAGCAUUUAAGAUAUAAGUAUUUCCAAUGGUCAA